CCUCCCUCCCCAUCUUACACUCCAUCAAUCCCCUCCCCUCCCCACAUACUUCACCUUCAGCCUGCUGACUGACGCCUGUGCUGCUUCGGCUCUCAGGUGUCUGCCGCGAGCCGCGAGCAUUACCGUGGCGACGCUGAAACUCGCUUGAUUCAAGUGGCUCUGCCGAUAAUCCAGAUCUUUAACAUCGCGUUGUUUUAGUAAUCAUGGCAGGCGCUCUUCGCGCUGCCAGCAGCUUCCUCGGGCUCGGGAUCUCGCAUCCGAAGCUCGCGGUGAAGGUUCCAUCUAGUCUCCGCCGUUCUUCUGCAACGGGUCGGAGAAUUAACACGACAGAGAUGGAUUUUCGCGUAAGAGCCGCGGCGCUCAGGUUCGAGCUCGCGCGGACGGCGAGAUUUCGUUGUUGUUAGAUUUCAGCAAGGUCUUCUCGCGAACCCCAGCUCCCCGGCGAGCCCGAUGUGUCAGUGGACAACGAGAGCAGCGAUCAGUACACUAUCAUCACCGUCAGCGCGCCCAACCGGCCGGGGCUGCUUCAGCUUCUGACGCUGACGUUUCGCGAUCUCGGUCUGGACGUCGGGAAGGCAGUCGUCGACCUCGACGAUGACGGUAACGUCGCCGACGCGUUUCACGUCACUGCCAUGGACGGAAAAAAAGUCACCAACAAACGCGAUCUGGAAAACAUUCGCAAGUGCGUGUGCGAGCGAUGGUUCUAGAUGCCAAGGGGAGCGACGGGCCGAAAGAUUCGUCCGUCCGGCCGGCGAGACUCAUCCGACCGGUUGCGCCGUUGGACCCGUCUGCUUCGCCGGAGAUGAAACGGCGUACGGAGCUGCUGCACAACCUGAUGGACACGUACAUCAAGAACGACGUGCUGUCCAUCCAGAGGAGCAUCGUGGACCACGUGGAGUACACCAUGGCGCGCAGCCGAUACAGUUCGACGACUUCGAGGCGUACCAGGCGACGGCAUACAGCGUGCGGGACCGGCUGAUCGAGAGCUGGAACGACACGCAGCAGUACUUCAAGGACCAGGACUCCAAGCGCGUCUACUACCUCUCCAUGGAGUUCCUCAUGGGCCGCUCGCUGCUGAACAGCAUAUUCAAUCUGGGCAUGAAGGACCAGUACGUGGAGGCGCUGGGGCAGCUGGGGUACAAGCUCGAGGUCCUGGCGGAGCAGGAGAGGGAUGCUGCUCUCGGCAACGGUGGCCUCGGCCGUCUGGCAGCAUGCGUUCUCGACAGCAUGGCCACUCUCAACUAUCCUGGAUGGGGCUACGGCAUCCGCUACCAGUACGGCAAUGUUUCGCCAGACCCUGCAGGACGGCUUUCAGCACGAGCAACCGGACUACUGGCUGACCUUUGGCAACCCGUGGGAGAUCGAGCGCGUGUUUGUGACGUACCCCGUGCGCUUCUACGGCAGCGUCGAGUCGUACACUGAGGGCGGCCACCCCCGCAAGAGAUGGGUGGAGGGAGAAACGGUGGAGGCGGUGGCGUACGACAAUCCCAUCCCCGGCUACCACACCAACAACACCAUCAACCUUCGCCUCUGGGGUGCAAAGCCCAGCGGCGAGUUUGACCUGCAAAGCUUCAACACGGGCGACUACGUGAACGCGAUUCUGAGCAAGCAGAAGGCGGAGGCGAUCAGCAGCGUGCUGUACCCCGACGACCGCACGUACCAGGGCAAGGAGCUGCGCCUCAAGCAGCAGCACUUCUUCGUCUCCGCCACUAUGCAGGAUGUCGUCAGGCGCUACAAAGAAGAGCACUCGUCGUUUGACCAGUUCAAGGACAAGGUGGCCCUGCAGCUGAACGACACUCACCCCGUGCUGGCGCUGGUGGAGCUGAUGCGCCUGCUGGUGGAUGAGGAGGGGCUGGAGUGGGGGUACGCGUGGAACAUCACCACGCACACCUUCUCCUACACCAACCACACCGUGCUGCCAGAGGCGCUAGAGAAAUGGCCCGUUGAGAUUCUUGAGACGUUGCUGCCCCGCCAUCUGGAGAUCAUGUACGACAUCAACCACAACUUCAUCGUGGACCUGAAGAAGCGCAUUGGCAACGACUACGACCGCCUCUCCCGCAUGUCCAUCAUCGAGGAGGGCGCUCACAAGAGCAUCCGCAUGGCAACGCUGGCAGUGGUGACGUGCCACACCAUCAACGGCGUGUCCCAGAUCCACACCGACCUCAUCCAGAACACGCUCUUCAAGGACUUCUAUGACAUCUGGCCGCACAAGUUCCAGAACAAGACAAACGGUGUCACCCAGCGUCGGUGGCUGGCGUUCUGCAACCCAGGGCUGGCGGCGAUUCUGACCAAGUGGCUGGGCACGGAGUCGUGGAUCACCAACCUGGACCUCGUGGCGGGACUCAAGGAGCACGUGGACGACCCGCUGCUGCAGACGCAGUGGAUGCAGGUUCGCAGGCAGAACAAGGCGCGUCUGGCAGCAUACAUCGAAGGGAUAUCAGGGGUCAAGGUGAGCAUCGACGCCAUGUUCGAUGUGCAAGUGAAGCGCAUCCACGAGUACAAGCGCCAACUUCUCAACGUCAUGGGCAUCAUCCACCGCUACGACUGCAUCAAGAAGAUGAGUGCGGAGGAUCGCAAGCGCGUGGUGCCGCGGGUGUGUCUGCUGGGCGGCAAGGCGGCGCCGGGGUACGAGCUGGCGAAGAAGAUUGUGAAGCUCAUCAGCGCUGUGAGCGAGGUCAUCAACAACGACGAGGACGUGGGCGACCUGCUCAAGCUGGUGUUCAUUCCCGACUACAACGUCUCGCUGGCUGAGCUCAUCAUCCCUGCCAGCGACCUGUCGCAACACAUCAGCACGGCAGGCAACGAGGCAUCAGGCACAAGCAACAUGAAGUUUGCGAUGAACGGGUGCCUCAUUCUAGGCACUCUGGACGGCGCCACGCGGGAGAUCCGAGAGGAGAUUGGCCCUGAGAACAUGUUUGUGUUUGGUGCGGAGACAAAGGACGUGCCGCGGCUGAGGGAGGAGCGGCGCACCUUCACGCCCUGCCGCAACUUCACUCGCGUCGUGGGCAUGAUUCGCAGCGGGUACUUUGGGUGGACGGAGUUCUUUGCGCCGCUCGUGGACUCCAUUGACGGCCCAGGCAACGACUACUAUCUGCUCGCCAAUGACUUCCCCACCUACCUGCAAGCUCAGGCUGCCAUCGAUGCCACCUACGUGGAUGUGCCCAAGUGGACGCGCAUGAGCAUCAGCAGCACGGCUGGGUGCGGGCGGUUCACGAGCGACCGAACCAUUAAGGAGUAUGCGGAGGAGAUCUGGGAUGUUGAACCCAUCACCCGGCCUUUCUAAGCUUUCUUUGGCCACUAUAAAUAGACAGCUCACAAGCACCCGGACCAUCAAGUCGAGUAUGCGUAGAUCUGGGACGUCAAACCUGUUAUCGACUGAGUUAUCGUUGAUGCAUUCCUGAUGUAAGGUUUACUCCAACAAAACCCAUCAGAUGCCCCUUCUGAAGUGCCCCUUGGUCGUACCAGUACAGCAAUCUCACCAGCGAUCGCAGCUUUCAAGGUGUAUGAGAGGAGAGGAGAUGUGGGUCAUGAAGUUCACGGGUCUACCUGAAGCGAGCUGCAUCUGGAGCCCUCAGGCAUUUGCAUAGACAAAGCCCCUUCAUUCUGUACUGUCUAUGUACUGGCUAUGUUGUAUGCAUAGCAUAGCAUCCUAAUCUGAACCUAAUCUGAACCUGAUUUACAGGCAUUGCUUAGCAGUCCUGCAUUUGGACCUCCCUCAGGCUUUGGGCAAGUUGUAUGCACUGGACAAAAGGAA